AUGACAGUGGAACCUCAGGACCCUUCGGUUGUUGACGAAGAGGCGGCCCUCAGAGGACGAUCCGUGCCGGGACUCUUGUAUUGUUCCACCUCAAACGGCGACCCCUCUAUCAAGCAGGCAAGAAGAUUUGGAAACCAUCGGCAUUCCUCACAACCUCUCUGCAAGUCUUCGCUCCCGCCACCAGAUACUAUCCUCUGCAAUCCACAACUUCAAGUCGAUUUCUUCUCUCAUGAAAUAUGCAAGGCUUUAUGUGCGUUUGACUCGAUCUACAAUCCGGAACGGAUUGUCACGGUCUCACGCGCAGAUGCCUCCCUACUAUUCUUCUCCUUGUCUCGAUAUCUCACCGCCGCAUACUUCAACACCAAUACUUCCACUUCUAAUGGCUGUGUAGUUGCCCGCAACGCACAGACUGAAACAUUGCACCGGCUGAAACAUGAGAUCACCGAGUUGGAUAUGUCAAAACAAACCAAGAUCGAAGAGGUACUUAUGGCUGUGAUAAUGUAUGGUCUCAGUACCAACUGGGAUGGAUCCAACGAUCCGAGCUUCAUGCAUUACAACGCCGCCGUUUCUACGUUUCAUCAUACUUAUCAAGACGCGAAUGUAGAACCACGUCGCUCCCGAGCAGAGGGAUUUUUUCCCCAUCUCCUCGAUCCUCCAGUUAUUGAAAAUGAAACAAGAAUUGACAACUUCCGAAUAUGGACAAAUAAGAUUGUUCCACAUCCUCUCGCUGGUGUUUCCCCACAGGCGCAGUUGCUGCUUGGUCGAGUCGGUUCACUUGUAUAUGCACAGAGAUUGAGGUGUCGGGAACGAUCAUUUACGAGCAUGAACAACAUCCAUAAAGAAUAUCGAGCCCUUCAGGAAGCUAGGCAGCUGGAAGAAGAACUUCUUAUCUUAGAGCUUCCACAAGAGGAUGAAUUUGUCGAUGUCACUGACCCGGAUACACCGCUCAAGGAUCUCUUCACCACCGCGGAUGCUUAUCGACUUUCAGCACUUGUAUUACUCUAUCGGACAUUUCCGGAUCUUCUCGAGGUACGAUUGAGUUGGAGGCUCAGCCAAGGAACCUAUUCUUGCUGUCAUUCUCAAGAAGAGCGAAGGCUCCUCUGGGUCACUGCUUUAGCUCUACAUGUUCUUGAUCUGCUCUGCCAAAACGCCCCUGGAUCUGGGACGCGAAGUAUUCAGCAAAUCUUGCUGAUCAUCGUCGCUGGGGAAUUGAGGAUGCCACAAUCUUCUCUCACGAUGCAAGCAUUUGACGACAGUAGUACGGAUUCAAUCUCGCCCGAGACCGCCUCUUCUGUCACCACCUCAACUAAGCCGGAAUAUACAGACAUAUUCGAUGUGCUUGAUCAUGGAGGCGUGGCAGCUGUCCACGACCGGCUUGGCGCUGCUGCUGAGGACUGUUUCUGCCAGGAAGUCAACUCAGAGUCGGGUGUUCAACGCUCGUGA